AUGGCACGAACACUCCGCGUUGCGAUUCUCGAAUGCGAUACGCCAGUUGCGCCUGUUGUCGAGCAGGUUGGCAACUAUGGAGUUAUCUUUGAAGCCCUGCUGAAGAAGGGUUUAGUGGCGGCCAACUCUAGCGUGGAUUUCGAGAUCAGCAAAUGGAAUGUCGUGGGGAAUCCGGUCUAUCCCAAUCCAAAUGAUAUUGAUGCUUUUCUUCUCAGUGGAAGUAGUAAGUGA